UGAUCCGGGAAGAGCAGAAGCCAUAAAGAAAAGGCUCACACCACAAUUUUCAUACAAAUCAAAGCCAACCACAUUCUUUGGAUAACUUCUAUAGCCACAGAGGGAUCAAGUCUCGAACCCUGGACUGCGGUGUGUUCCUCGCUUCAAGGGCAUAUUGUUCCCUGAGACUGCGUUUGAAAGAUAGCUCCUAGAUUUGGGAACGCAUUGAACAAUCAGCCUCAUAAACUGCAAGGGACAAGGAGCAAGAUUCUGCAUGGCCAUUUGCUCUCCUGGGAGGUGAACACUGCUUUGAAUCACAGAAUCAGGAGAAAUGGCAAAGCGUACCUUCUCCUCCUUGGAGGCAUUCCUCAUUUUCCUGCUGGUAAUGAUGACAGUCAUCACAGUGGCUCUUCUCACCCUCUUGUUCGUCACCAGUGGGACCAUCGAAAACAACAAAGACUCAGGAAAUCAUGGGUCUUCAACCACCCAGGGCCCCGCAGCCACCCCGACCUCUCCAAUCACUCACAUUUCAGACCCUCCUCCAUCUCAGAACUUCAGUGGCUACUACAUUGGUGUUGGGCGAGCCGAUUGCACAGGACAAGUAUCAGAUAUCAAUUUGAUGGGCUAUGGCAAAAGCGGCCAGAACGCACAGGGCCUCCUCACCAGGCUGUACAGCCGCGCUUUCAUCUUGGCCGAUUCAGAUGGGUCAAAUCGGAUGGCGUUUGUCAGUGUUGAACUAUGUAUGAUCUCCCAACGACUCAGGCUGGAGGUCCUGAAGAGACUGCAGAGUAAAUAUGGCUCCCUGUAUCGAAGAGACAACGUUGUCCUGAGUGGCACUCACACGCACUCGGGUCCAGCAGGGUAUUUCCAAUACACACUCUAUAUACUAGCCAGUGAAGGCUUCAGCAAUCGAACCUUUCAAUACCUGGUGUCUGGCAUUGUGAAGAGCAUUGAGAUAGCACACACAAAUCUUAAACCAGGCAAAAUCUUUAUCAAUAAAGGAAAUGUUGCUAAUGUGCAGAUCAACCGAAGCCCCUCUUCGUACCUUCAGAACCCACCGUCAGAGAGAGCCAGGUAUUCUUCAGACACGGACCAGGAAAUGACCGUCUUGAAAAUGGUAGAUUUGAAUGGAGAAGACUUGGGACUUAUCAGCUGGUUUGCCAUACACCCUGUCAGUAUGAACAAUAGCAACCACCUUGUGAAUAGUGACAAUAUGGGCUAUGCAGCCUACCUGUUUGAGCAAGAGAAGAACAAAGGCUAUCUACCUGGACAGGGACCAUUUGUAGCAGGCUUUGCUUCAUCAAAUCUCGGAGACGUGUCCCCCAACAUCCUUGGUCCACAUUGCACCAACACAGGAGAGUCUUGUGACAACGAGAAAAGCACCUGUCCCGUCGGCGGGCCUAGCAUGUGCAUGGCCAGUGGACCUGGGCAAGACAUGUUUGACAGCGCACAGAUUAUAGGACGGGCCAUCUACCAGAGAGCCAAGGAGCUACAUGAUUCUGCCUCCGAGGAGGUGACUGGACCAGUGUUUGCAGCUCACCAGUGGGUGAACAUGACAGAUGUGAGCGUGCAGAUCAAUGACACACAUGUAGCGAAGACAUGUAAACCUGCCCUGGGCUACAGUUUCGCAGCAGGCACAAUUGAUGGAGUUUCGGGCCUCAAUAUUACACAGGGAACAACAGAAGGGGAUCUAUUUUGGGACACUAUUCGGGACCAGCUCUUGGGCAAACCAUCUGAAGAAAUCAUAGAAUGCCAUAAACCCAAGCCAAUUCUACUUCACACUGGAGAGUUGACGAAACCUCAUCCUUGGCACCCAGAUAUUGUUGAUGUUCAGAUUGUCACUCUUGGGUCUUUGGCCAUAGCUGCUAUCCCUGGGGAAUUUACAACCAUGUCAGGACGAAGAUUUCGAGAGGCAGUUAAAAAAGAGUUUGAAUUGUACGGGAUGAAGGAUAUGACCGUUGUUGUUUCGGGUCUGUGCAAUGUUUACACACAUUACAUCACCACGUAUGAAGAAUACCAGGCUCAGAGGUAUGAAGCAGCAUCUACAAUUUAUGGACCACACACUCUGUCUGCAUACAUCCAGCUCUUCAGUGAUCUUGCUAAAGCAAUUGCUACGGACACAGUAGCCAACAUGAGCAGCGGUCCUGAGCCUCCGUUCUUCGAGAACCUGAUAGCUACACUCAUCCCUAAUAUUCCGGAUAGAACACCGAUAGGCAGACAGUUUGGGGAAGUCCUGGAGGCAGCAAAACCUGAAUACAGAGUGGGAGAAGUGGUUGAAGUUACAUUUGUAGGUGCUAACCCAAAGAAUUCAGCAGAAAAUCAGACCCAUGAAACCUUCCUCACUGUGGAGAAAUAUGAGGACUCUAUAGCUGACUGGCAGAUAAUGUAUAACGAUGCCUCCUGGGAGACGAGGCUCUACUGGCACAAGGGACUACUGGGUCUGAGCAAUGCAACAAUUGAAUGGUAUAUUCCAGAAACUGCACAGCCUGGAAUCUACAGAAUACGAUAUUUUGGACACAAUCGGAAGCAAGAAUUUCUAAGGCCUGCCGUCAUACUUGCAUUUGAAGGCAUUUCUUCUCCUUUUGAAGUUGUAGCUACUUAGGAAAAUGUUGACAGAUAUUGAAAAACAGCUUUUCUCUGUGUACAUUAUAGAGUGAUUUCACACAAAUGUGAACUAUCAGUUUGAUUUUUUUUUUUUGUAACUGUCCCUGCUUGGGAGACAGAUAGUUUAUUGCUGGCGGGACAGAAUAUGCGUGUUUAUGUGUUUGUAUGAUUAUGCAUAUACAUGCUUACAGGGAAGGGAGAGAAGGGGGCAGAGAGAAAGCGAAAGAAUGAAUGAGUGAGUGAAUGAAUGAAUGAAUGGUUAUUAGUGAAUGAGAGAAUAUGUAUGAGAGAAGUUGUCUGACAAUCAUGCUUCUCAUGGUCUUCAUCCUAAAGUAUGAUUUUACUUGAGGCUUUGUGGUUGCUUAAGAGAUAAUUCCCUUCAAUAUGAAAUCUCAGCAAUACGAUGAUAUUAUCUGAAGAUAUGUGAACAAUGUUUAACCUAUUUAUUUAUAGACUUUGGGAAUGAGAAUUCUAGAGAACUUUCUAGAAAUCCUCUAGAAUGACACUUGAUUUUCCAGAGAGGUAUAGCGAGGUUUAAUUCACUUUAGGUCAGAGUAAGGUUAUUAUAUAUUUUCCCCCAGCUGCAUUUACAAAGUAUCAUGUAAACUUGCUACAAAUACAUGAGCCCAGCUAAAAUGCACCCAGAAAAAAUUGCAUGCCAGAUUUUCCUGCAUUCAAAUGAGCUUAGUCCUUUCAAUCAAUCACUUUGGGAUGGGUCUGCCUGGCUCAGGGUUAUUGUUCAUGUUCAGAUCGUUUCUGGGAUCGCCUCCAGAGUCCAAGUAUGUGGCUGUCACUUCCAGUGCUUUGAUUAUGUUUUGUAUUCCUCAAAGUGUCCUUAUCCCGCUCGAUCAUGUCUCGUCUUCCCAGGUUUUUAAAUGUCUCGCCAGUCAAAUGUACCUCAAACUAUAAAGCUUUGCCUUGGAUGUCGAUUUUAAGACCAAAAUAUUAAGACUGGAAAAACAGUCUUCAAAGGGGAAAUUUAAAAGGCAUUUAUCUGUUCUUUUAGCAACUACUCACUAACUCACGGUUCUUUUGAGUUAUGGAAUCGUAAUUUAAACAUACAUAUCCAGUGUUGUACUCAUUCAUGUCAUAUUGAAAUGAUUGUGUAGAUGAAUCCUCUGAAGAAUAAAAUAGUCAACCAGAAAUGUAAGUUCUGGAGGGAUCUUUGACAAUCACAAAUUUUCAAAUCAUCUGUUAGAUGUCUUCUAUGCUAGUUAUUAUGAUUUGGGAAGAAAGAAGGCCAAAUAAUUUUUAAAUAUUAAUCUGAAAGUAAUGUUUUAGUGCUUAUGAUAUACUCUAACCUAUGAGAUAGGACAAUUUAAUAUGAAUUGAAAGUUCUAGUUGCAUUUAAAAUUACCUAAGUUAGUUAGUAAAGUCAAGUCAUAUUAUUGCAGGUAGGUAAAGGAGUAAGCAUUUUAAGAGAAAGUCAAUCUUCAUUUCAAAAGGAAGCUUAUUUUAAAAACAGCAAUGGUAAGGCAGACCUGCACUUUUUUCCCCCCUAUGGCUUAUGUACUUAAGCAUAGUAGACCAAACCAAAAGAGCCCAGAGCAUGGUUUGCUGACUUUAUUUUCCAGUGUUUCUAUGGAGGAUAACUGCUGAAAAAUGAGCAAAUCAGGAUUUUCAAGAUUUGUGUAAAUAUAUACUCUGAUGAGAACACCCUACUAAGUGUAAAUGGUCAAGGACUUAACACAUUUUGAAAAUAGUUUAUCUCAGAAUAAAAAAAAUUAUAGCAGAACCCAUGAUGUGAUUGAAAAUGUAUUCCCCAUGGCCCAGAACAAUACAAGGAUGUAUUUCCCAUCACCCUUCCCCCAAUGAAGCUUUCCUCAAAAAGUCUGCCUAGGAAUCCCUCUUUAUCAUUGGUAACUAUGCCAUAGAGACCAUUGCAUCAUGUUUCUGCGUGCCCAGUCCUGCAUGGAAAUAAACCACAGAAACAUAGUUCCUCAGUAGACUUCUUCUCUUCCAGCCAGUAUGCUUCUAGUUUUUGCAGUCUAUAAAAAAAAAAGACAAACCAUGACCAGGUCCCCGCAUUAUACAACCACUGUUACCUGGGCAUCAAAGAACCCCAUCAGGUAGCUGAUCUGAUCAGUUCAUCUAAAGCCACAGACCCUGUUUGUGUCUCUGUAAAUAGCUACAUGGAGCCAAAAUGCAUGGAAGAAGCUCUGGAAAAGGAUGUGGGAAGUGGUGGUUGGGUUGGCGAGAGCACUGUUUUGGAGGAGAGCCUGUUUGCCCAACCGUCUGUAUUUCAUUUGCUGUGCCUUGCCUACUCUGAUUUCAAGGAUACUGUGAUCUCUUUAGAGUGCAUAAAACAAUUUCUUUCCCAGGUCUAUAUUUUUAUGCAUUCUGUAAAAGUUAUUAUUCUGUAAACUUGUCAGUAUUCAAGAGAAUAUUUAAUAAUAAAUUAAGAACUAUAC